AUGACAAUAACAUUAACUACAACAUCUAAUAAAAGUAUAAUAUCCCCACAGCCUACAAAACUCAUACCCACAACAACAGCCACAUCUACUUUAAAUAACACAACAACUGUGCCCACAACAAUAGAUAACAACAACAACAACACACAGACUAACACCACUGGUAUCUGUUUAUUCAGUCUAUCCCCUACACCAACUCCAAGAUCUACACCUUUUUAUUUGGACCAAUAUGGAUUAGAAGAAUUAGACGAAAAUGAAAGUAUAAUAUCUGAAUUAAGCUCAUCUUACCAGAGCCAAUCUAUACUACAAGAUUAUCAUCACCACAACCAAAACCACAACCAAAGUCAUCAUCAUCAUGAUUUUAUAUAUUGUGGAAAUUCACAUACUCAACAAAUUACAACUACUUCUGUAUCACCAUUAAAACCUUCACCAAGACCUAAAACAUUAUUAGCUCCUUAUAUAUUCUAUGCUACAAAUUUACUUCAUCUUUCCAAUCAUUUUAUAAAUUGUGAAUUUGAUUCAUUUAGUAAUCAUGUUAUAUUAAAUCCAAAUAUUCCUAAAAUUCAACAUACUUCAAUAAUAUCACAAUUGAAAGAAAUGUAUAAUCUUGCAAUUGAGCUUAAAGAUGCAGUAUUACAAUUUAAUAAAAUUUUAGGUUCUUUGAAAACUCAACAAAUGUCAGUAAUAACAUUUAAGAAAAAUUUAGAUUUAAUUGUUGAUAAUGAAUUAAAUAUUCCUGUUCAUACAAUAGUUGAUCAAAUUAUAGAUGGAUUAUAUCAAUAUAAUUUAACUAUUGAGGAUUGUUUAAAUGAUGAAUCAUCAGAUGAUUUAAUGAAUGAAGAAACUUGUCAAAUUAUUAAAGAUUAUCAUUUUAAAAUUGAAUCACUUUUAUAUUUGAAUGAUUGUGAAUUUAAUAUUACUCAUGUUGAAAAGUUUUAUAAUUUAUUAAUGAAUUUUUGUACUGACUAA